AUGUGGGCUCCCAAGAUCCAUCGCAUCGGCGGCGUGUGGUACAUGUUCUACUCUAGCCGCGCCAUGAACGACAAGAACAGCUCCCGGACCCGUGCCCUGCGCGGUUGCGACGGCCCCAGCCCGUUUGAUUGCGACUACAGCUUCCAGGGAGACCUUGUCCCUCCUCGAUGGGAGCGGGGAGGAAAGGACGGCAAUGGCGCAUGCGGUGGGAAGUACGGGUUGGGAAUUAACGAAGCACCUUUCGGUGUCGGUAAGUCUGUCGAAGAAUUUCUCAAGGCAUGGGACCCGGCCGUGUGA